AUGCUAACGCAGCCAGCAAGUGAUAGAACACGAACCAUAUGGCGUUCGCGCCUUGGCUCGGCACUUCGGACGUCGCUCGCUUGCACCAUAGUGGCCUGUGCCACCCUCUACGGUCCCGUCGCUCUCCAGCGCCAGAUAUCAUUCCCGGCUCUCUGCUACGUUACCAUCAUCCUCAUCGUCACCAAUGCCACGCUAGGCGACACUUUGCGUGGCUGCUGCUACGCUCUGUAUGCUACCAUUCUCGGCGUCCUUCCCGCUAUUCUGUGCUUGUGGGCUAUCGGACCUGCCCGCCUCUCCGCCAUCACCAUGUCUCUCGCAGUGGCGCUCAGUGCGUUUGUCAUUGUACUACCCGAAUCGACUCAUUUGAUAACCAAGCGGAUAGCACUCGCUCAGGUUGUUCUUGUGUACGUCGUGGCUUAUAUAAACGGCGUUCACACUGGUGCCAUCACGCACCCUGUCCACGUCGCAGCAAGCACGGCCAUUGGCGCCUUGGCUUCUGUCGUGGCCUUGCUGUUACCCUACCCUCGGCUGGCAUGUCACGAGGUAAGAAAGAAGUGCAAACUAUUUGCUGAGACGGCUUCAGAGAGGCUAAACCAUUUAGUACAUGCUUUCUGUGCGGAUGAGAAAACAUCUACACUUGCAUCUCUCUCUCAAGCCAAAUCCUUGUCCAAGACAGAAGCCAAACUUCUUCAGAGUAUCAAACUCAAGCAAGAAAGUAUGCAAUGGGAGAGACCUCGAAUCAGCUUCUUUCAACACCAUUGUACGAGCCGAGGGGAUAGAUUACAGGGAAUAGAGAUAUCCCUAAGAGGGAUGGAAAUUGCUCUAACUUCUUGCCCUUCAUUUUCUGUUAAAGUACUGGCAGAUGAGGAGCACAAAAGCUUCCUUCAUGCACUACAAAAGCAUGUGAGUCUGACGUUGAAGCGAGCCAAUCUUUAUCUACCUAGUUGUGAUUCAUCAACUACACCGGAGAUAAAGGGAUCAGAAGCUGUAGAUGAUAAAUUUAUGCAAAUCCUUCAGGUCGUCUUCCCAACCUACAAGGAUCUACCAUCUCUUUUCUUCCUCUUUUGCUUGAAACUUCUUCACAAUGAAUUAACAGGGACCCCAACCCCAUCAAACGGGAUCUCUCUAGGAAACAGUUCUGCUCCCUGCACCCAAUAUGGGACGCGCUCAAGCAAACAGUCCUGGGGUGCCAUUUUGAGCCAUUGGCCUGUUAAAAUAGGUAAGCGAAGGCUCAUUUUGGCAUUCAAGCGAGCACUUUCUUUGGGUCUUUCCGUUCUGUUUGGGACAAUGUUUAGUAAGGAAGAUGGGUAUUGGUCGGGAUUGACAGUCGCCGUCGGCAUGGCUUGGGGGAGAGAAGCAACGUUUAAGGUUGCAAACGUUAAGGCACAAGGGACAGUUUUAGGGACCGUCUAUGGAGUCUUGGGUUGCUUCAUCUUCCAGAGAUUCGAAGAUAUUAGGUUUCUCUCCUUUCUCCCAUGGAUCAUCUUCACCAGUUUUUUGGGACGGAGUCGGAUGUAUGGCCAAGCCGGGGGCAUUUCAGCUGUAAUUGCUGCAUUAAUUAUAUUGGGCCGGAAGAAUUACGGUCCUCCAAGUGCAUUCGCCAUUGUAAGAAUCAUGGAAACCUUUAUCGGAUUAUCAUGCUCAAUCAUGGUAGAGCUUCUCUUGCAGCCCACAAGAGCCGUUACCCUAGCUAAAGUUGAAUUCUGUCGGAGUCUAGGGACACUUCACGACUGUAUCCAAUGCAUAAGCUUUUCUUCCAGCCACACAAACGACGAUUAUCCUUGUUUACAGGAGUUGAAUGAGAAGCAAAAGAAGUUGACUACCCAUGUGACUGAACUAGCUAAUUUCAUCGCAGAGGCUGAGGUAGAACCGAAUUUUUGGUUCUUGCCUUUUCACAGUAUCUGCUAUGGUAAGCUCUUGAAGUCACUGUCAAAGAUGGUGGAUUUCUUGCUUUUCGGGUCUCAUGCAAUGGGAUUCAUUGUACAAGCAUCACAAAGAUGUAGGGUUCCAUGGAAAGAGAUCCAGGAACACAUUGACGAAGAUCUACAACUUUUCAAGGACAAGAUCGGGUGUGCCAUCAAAUGUUUCGAGCAGGCCACGUCUAUCAAGUCACUCGCAGCACUAGAAAAGGAGCUAUGGAAGAACAUCCCUCGCGAUCUUGAGUUUGGAAAAUCGCCAAAACCAGAUGGGUUUAGGGUUUUAGAUGCAGAUACAGAUGAAGAUGAAGAUGAAGAUAAGGUGGAGGAGAUGCUUACUUCAUUUCUUCAACAUUCAAGAGAAAUUAUAGACAAAUUUCAUGCUGCUGAAGCUGAGGAGGGGCUCAAAAGCCAAAUGAUUCUCUGUCUCAGUGCCCUAGGGUUUUGCUUGGGUGGAUUGAUCAAAGAGACAAGAGAAAUGGAGAACGGAAUCAGAGAACUUGUUCAAUGGGAGAAUCCUUCUAGCCGCAUAAACUUAUAUGAGAUUUCAUGUAAGAUACAUGCUUUAAACACAUAA